AUGGAGUUCAAUAUAUUGUUCAAACGAACAAUAGUGGACAACAUUCAGCACGGCUGCAGCCGUCUGUGCAGCAUCAUUCUGGAGCACGGGGAGCAGGACGAGGUUGUAAGAUUCUCUGCCAUGGCUUCUGAGGAUGGUGUGCUUGGCGUCCUCAACUUCAUUGCAGGCCGCUGCAAUGAAUCACUUGAUGCUAUCUUGACAGAGACAGCUGCGGUCCCACUAACUCCAUGCCUCCAGAGGGCAUCUGAUGGCUCCCUCGCGCUACACAUCGAUGCGCAGCGAUUGUUUGUGACAUCGUCACUGCUGGCAGGCCUGGCCUGCCUUUUCGCUUCGUUCUGGGUCUUCCAUGUGGUCUACCCAAAAAAGGCCCACAGGAUUUUGACAUUUAUUGAGCACUGUUUUCUGGAUUUGAGCUACACAAAGCCACGGGUGAAAGCAUUGGAGUUAGUCAAUUUUUACAAGAACUUUUGCUAGGCAAAAAGAUUUUCAGGUACAUUUCUUCGGAAAAGUUUCUGUAAAAAUUAUUUUGCCUAACAAAAGCAGCCGUGGCUUCUGUGGCCGGCAGGUUGCCCAAGCCAUGGUAGCACAGUGCUUGCUUUAGAGGGACACGAAAGAGAAAAUUUAUUCGAGCUUUUUUAAAUAAUUCUUCUACAACAUCGAAAAAACAACUCUUACUGUGAGAAUCGGCUUGAUAAGCCAGACAAGCAAAAACGAAAACUGGUGUCGCCACCACCACCUUAUAAUUCCUGCACCAGCUCGCUGUGAUAUGGAAUUUGAGGGUGUCUGUUCGAGUCUAGUUAAUGUUCUAUUGGCCAGUAUUGAUCAAUUCUGUUUUAAGAGUCAAAGAAUAAAUUUAGUUGAAGUGUAUGACUCCACACUGACGUGCUGGUGCUGCGUAAAAUUUGAAAAAUGAAAGUUAAAUCUUCAUUCAUGUUCAUUCAUGUUCAUGAAUAUAAAGUUCUGAAAGGUUGUUUUAUCAGUCUAAAAUGAUUUACUGUUUCUCUUUAGUGUCACUGUAAUGGACCUUUAGCAACAAAACGUGUUUUAGUAUGCCACUAGUAUUCUCAGUGGGGGCAAAAGCACCAGCGGCAUGCUCAAUAGUUCUGUACCAACUGAUAAUUUGAAGGAUUUACUUUGCCACUAGGGUUAGGCCAACGUGGCUCUGUGUUAAUCACCGCAACUGUAAUAUACAAAACUUAAUGGCCCAGAAUGGGUAAUUCAGGGGGGAGUUGAAUUAUCCAUUUUUCUUUCUUUUUUUUUCUUUAUCAUGGACUUCUCACAUUACACUUUGUCAUAACGCAUUCACUUUAGAGUAACUGUGGAGAGUAAGGUUGUUUGGUAUUCAAACAUGCCUGCUGUGUGUAAACAGUGCUAGAUGAACAAUACAAAGAAAGAGACACCAUAGAUGCUGACUGGCAACAUGAAGGGGAUUGAGGGCAGCUACAAAUAUACAUCCUUGUAGUCGCACUUAGAUAGCACUAUGUUCAAUCUGUGAGACAAGCAUAUGACAUCCAUCACAACCGCAUGCCUAGAAACAGACAAGGGCAACACGCACAAUUACCUUUUAGACUAUCUAAGAAGCACUACAAUAUUUCGGCAACGAAAUUGAAAUCUGGCUUAUACCCAUGAAUACUGCAGUACAGUUGUGCAACGUGUUCCUCUUCUGUGGAAAAAGGGCUGCAUUCGUUUUCUUUGUGCACCAGGGGGAGUAGUAUCAGUUAAUGGCUGUUUUCACAUAUAUAUUUUCAGUCGUGUGUAUUAGCAAUCACCACUUUCCUCAUCUGAGUGAGCGCCUUCUUUAGAAAGUUUGAAAGUUGAUAGAACAUGUUGCUCUUGGUUGUUGCAGUUUUCUUCCUAACUAUCCAUUCAUUGCACUGUGCCCCCAUGUCUUGGGCAACUAGCUGUUUGAAGGUCAGUAUGCUAUCAAUGGGUCUAAUGAUCAUCUCUAGUGCUAACUGCCUCAUUUGCUUGUUGCAAUACUUAAGAGUUAGAUUUUGUAUAUUGUGUCAUUUGUUUGUUUUCACUGUACUUUAGUUUCACUGCAUUUUGAAUGCGUUGUGAUAGUUUUUCUUUUGAAUUGAAAGAUUUGGUGGGCAGUUGCCGGCAUUGGGAUGUGAUAGUAUAAAUGCUUGCUGUAUUUAUCACGAGUGUUUCAUUUCGCUGGGACAGUAAUGGUCAUUAGCAGCAGAUGCCAUUUGUCCUUACGUGCAAUAUUUUUAUGUUGCAUAGUAUUGUUCAUAAUGAUCCAUUGAAUGCACUGCACACCCAUGUUCUGGACAACUGCCUGUUUGAAGGAAUGAUCUGUGUAUUCAGUGGGUGUAAUGUGAACAUCUCUACUACUGACUGUGUAUUUAAGAGUUGGAUUUCGUAUUGCGUGUCACUUGUUUGUUUUCACUAUGCUUUAGUUUCACUACAUCUUGAAUGUGUUGUGAUAGUUUUUAUUUUGCCGUGAGAGAUGUAGGCAGUUGCCGGCACUAAUGUGAUACUACGAAUGCUAUUGUUUCAUUUCGUCUGGGACAGUAAUGGCCGUUAGCAGCAGACGCCAUUUGGCCUUAAGUGCAAUAUUUUAAUGUUGCAUAGUUUUGUUCAUAAUGAUCCAUUGAAUGCAAUUCACGCCCAUGUUCUGGACAACUGCCUGUUUGAAGGAAUGAUCUGUGUAUUCAGUGGGUGUAAUGUGAACAUCUCUACUACUGACUGUGUAUUUAAGAGUUGGAUUUUGUAUUGCGUGUCACUUGUUUGUUUUCACUAUGCUUUAGUUUCACUACAUCUUGAAUGUGUUGUGAUAGUUUUUAUUUUGCCGUGAGAGAUAUAGGCAGUUGCCGGCACUAAUGUGAUAGUACGAAUGCUUGCUGUAUUUAUCACACGACUGUUUCAUUUCGUCUGGGGCAGUAAUGGCUGUUAGCAGCAGACACCAUUUGACCUUAAGUGCAA